AUGGAGGAAACAUUCAACUCUUCUGACUAUCCCCUCUCUGCACUACGUGAAACACUUAACAACUGUCCGCGAGCUGAAGACACACGGGAUGAACUGGAGCGACUGGAUAGUAUACACAAAUGUCGAUUGAGAAAGGAGUAUCGCGAGAGGAACUAUGACCAUGUUUAUCAUGGGGAUAUUCCAGACCUUGAUCUUUCCUACUCUUACAAUCAUGAAGCCAGCCAAGAUGACUUUCAUGCCGAGGAAGAUCCUCGAGUCUACUCCGGCGAGCUUCACGAAGAAGACGACAGCAUGAUUAAAUGCGAGUUUUCGAAUCCCUGUGCAAUGGGACCUUCCCCAGACGGCAUGCACUUCCGGAAGGUUGUAUCCCAUGUCUUUGGACGCAACAAGUCCUCUACAAAGCUGUUUCCCAUGCAUAUCUGGGUUCACUACUGCCGAAAGCACUACCAGCGAGCCCGAUACCGUGCCGACAAAUGGCCAUUCACCCAGUGUGAGCUUCUUCUCGAAUCUCUGCAACGUAUUGAAGAUUGGGGAGGUGUUGAAGGCUUUGAGCUUAGUCUUCGCCGCCGUGAGAGACUUCGCCAGGGUGACAAGGAUUGUCUCGAUGGUAACAACACUGCUGCUUCUUCGCAGAAGAGGAACCGGGGACGCAAGAACCCCAAGCCUGUCAACGCCCCUGUUCCCGAGUGGCUGAAGCAGGAGGUUGGAUGCGACAAAACCUUUGAUCAGAUCCGUAGCAUCAUUCGCAGAAUCAACUCUCAUAUGACCAACCUACUUGAGGCUGAGAAGGAGGGUCAUAAGGCUGCCAAAGAAACUGCUCAGAUGUCAUUCACCCCCUGCCGAGCAAACCAGAAACGCGAUGCAAAGCAGUUUCGACAAGAAGUUAGCCUGAUUAGGUUCCCGGAUAUUGAGAUCUUGCCCAUUUUCAAGUCGUGGGUGAAGGAGGAUGCGACGCAGCAAAAGGAUAAGGGAAAGGAUAAGGGAAAGAUCACACCUGUCAGUGCUUGCAAUAGCUCACGUGGACGUUUCCACCAUAGCUCCAACUAUUUCGGUUACGACGAAGACUACGAAUCGGACAACAAUGUUAGAGGUGCUCGGGGAACCGAGACGAAGCGAUGCUCACCUUUGGGUCGACAGAAGAAGAAGUCGAUUCCACGAGUCUCCUCCCGUGGCGCAGUUCAAAAGCCAAAGGCGAAGAAGAAUUAG